AUGACGAUACACGGUGUUAGGCGUGUUCUAAUGCGGCGUUACACGAUACCGGCGAAGGGGGAUAACAUCCGGGAAGGGGCGUGUGGGGCCCCGUUGGCAGUGGCACAGGGGGCUAGCGGGGUGGGCGUUAGCAGGUGCGGGCGGGGGCGCCCGUCGGGGCAAACCCGGGUGACGGUCGCGGCCGCGGCCGCGGCGAGGCUCACCGGCCAGCCGCGGCAGGAGGAGGCUGGCGCAGGGCAUGCCGGCGGCGGCCCAGCAGCGGAGGUGGCCUCGAGCGACGCGGGAGGGGAGGGCCGGUGGCCAGGGAUGGAGCGGCUGCGGCAAGAGGAGCUAUGGGGGGGCAACGACGAGCGAGGCGGGCAGUGGCCGCGGCGCGUAGGCGACACUGGUGCUGGGCGCGGGCUCGGCCGGCGAGCAGCACGCAGGCCGGAGCCGUGGGGUGGCAGCGGGGAGGCGGGCGUGGUGGUCGGUGGCGGCAGCGAGCAGCUGGUGGCGGCGGCAGGUGACGGUGGCUUGGCCACGGGUCGCAAGCGGCGUGAGACUAGGAGCGACGCGGCGGUGGCCGAGUGCGAGGACGCUCGUCAAGCGCAGCCAUAG